AUGGGACUCAUUAAGACCGGCCUGACUCUAGCCGGUGGAUAUGGGCUUCUCAAAGCUGCAUCGAAGGCCGUCAAUGAAUAUGAAGACAAAAAGCAGAAACGCUCCAGCCAGCCCGAACACCAAUAUCAGCAACAUAACUACCUGGGUCAUGAGCCACAUAUGAACUACAUGCCUGCCAGCCAGGCGAAUCACCAUUCUUUUCAACCUCAAUGGCAGUCUCACCAUGAGCCACGAGGCGGAUACCAGGACUUUUCCAUCCGUGGAGAAGGCCAGAACCAAAAUACCACCAGAAUAUCCCGUCAGUGUGGCCAACUCGCAACCAGAGAUACCGAGUUCUGUAGUAAAUACUGGAUCAUAUCUGUUUGCCCAAUCCCCGAAGAUGUCUGCAUCUUCACCACCCUCCACGAAGCCGCGAAAAUCCAAACAGCAGACCCUUAUACAAUUUUCUAUCCCGAGAAUAACGGCCACUACGCGAAGAAUUCUGAUAGGGCUGUCGUUACCGUGGCAUUAGAUGGAAUGUGUGAGGAGAUCGAUCACAGAAACACCGAGCUGGAAGCGAAAAUCGCCACGGGAGAGAAGCUGACAGACGAAUAUGCGGUUUAA